CGGUCGACGUUCUUCCAGAAGGAUAGUUUGAGAAUAGCUGUUCGUUGAUACCAACGUUAUGGCUGCCGAUGAAACAACGGAUCAACCUGAUCUGUCCUGUGUAGAGGAGAACUUGAUGAGCCUAGAGAAAUUGGACAGAGCAUCGCCUGACUUAUGGCCUGAACAAACAAGCAAUGAAGUUCCAGGUGUGCACGAGUUUGUCGCUCAAAAUUCGCCGCAGACAGAGCCGUGUUCCUGGACAGCGAGUCUCACGAAUGACGACAUGAAUCACUUGCAUCAACUGGGUAAUUUAUCAAUGACCGGGCUUAUCUCGGAAGUGAAAAGACUGCACGAUUUAGCUUAUCAGCUGGGUCUAGAAGAGGCUAAGGAAAUGACGCGCGGCAAAUAUUUGAAUAUAUUUAAACAUAAAUAAUACAUUAUCUCUGAGAAAAUUCACCGAAAAGUAAAAGAAAAUAGAAAAACGUGAAGAUGCAAUAUGCCGAUCGUUCGAUACUGGGGUCUCUUUGAUGAAACU